AUGGGGCUCUCGCUUGGUGCCACUAUGUUGUUGGGGUUACAGGAGCUAGAUUCUCAUCGGAGGUAUAAUGAGCUCUCCAAGAAGGGUCCAAAGAGUAGAGCUCUUGGGCUCCAAGAAUUUCCAGCAGAAGAUGUGCCAGAUGAGGACUGGGGAGCGCUAUGUGAACACUCUGUACCUCAAAGGGAGGUUGGUAUCAGGAUCAACAUUCGGGAGCCGACUGAACCCGUGGUCCACCAAGAAACACCUGGUAGAGGGCGGGGUAAAGGAAAGUGGCUGUUACAUGUUCCUUCUCUUCCGCCACCUUCAAAGAUGCAACGUUUGGUGACUCCCGAGCCUAAACUUAUGCCUAGCGACUCUUUGAGAGUUAGAGAGGAGUCUCUUGUGGUCCCAAUGCAAGAAUUUGUGAAUUUUCAUGGAAAUAGAAAAGAAAAUAAAAACCCUCGCUUUAGCCUCUCGUCGGAGGCUGACCUCGAUUUUGGGGCCAUUAUUAGGUUGACGCCCGAUUUGAUUGAAGAGAUUAAAAGAGUUGAAGCUCAAGGGGGAUCUGCUAGGGUUAAGUUCGCUCCUAAUUCAACUAUCCCCCAUGGAAAUGUCAUAGAUGUUGGUGGUAAGGAGUUUGGAUUUACGUGGUCACGGGAUGAACUAUGUGAUAUUUAUGAGGAACGGCAAAGCGGAGAGGGUGGAGAUGGAUUACUAGUUGAAUGUGGCUCUUCAUGGCGUAAGGUGAAUGUGCUUCGAACUUUAGAUGAGUCUACGAAGAAGCAUGUGAAAAAGCGUUCGGAGGAGGCAGAGCGCCUACUUAAAUCGCGAAAAGCAAUUGUGUUAGACCCUUCAAACCCAUCUAUGAAGAAUCAGGUUAAGAAGAUGGCUGCAGCUGGAGUUGAGGGUAGUAUGCGGAGGAUGGGUUGGAAACAGAAGAAGGAAGUCAAGGAACCUUUCUUUAAGAAGCAAAAAGUUGAAUCAAAUCAAGUUUCAAAUGUAUGUCCUCCUAAAUCUGUUUACAAAUCGGGGGCAUUUUCUAAUAGAAAUGCUAAAGGAAUGCUUUCAGUAUCACCUGUACCAUCACCACCUGAGCAGCCUGCUCCUGGGUCUACAGUCUCCCCUUUUGCAACUGGAACUUCAUCAAGAGGUAAUGCAGGCCUUGAAGAAAUCGUCCCUCUAGACAUAAAUAAAGAGCACGUUGACAUUGGCAACUUCGAGAAAGAACUACCCAGUAAGAUUGCGCACGGUGCCAAACACAAAGUAGGCAAGCAGAAAGGAUGUGUUGGUGAUCAGUCUGUAGAUUUGCAAAGUAGUCAUGUACGAAAGGCAUCAGAAAAUUCCAAGGGGAUGGCAUUAAAGGCAUUGGAAAAGUCAUCCGGAGAAAUGGUUCCAAACCUUGCAACGAAUAAUGACAGUAUGGUAAAAAAUAUUGAAGCACCAGGAAAGUAUUUAAAAUCAGGAGUUGGAGCAGGCAGCUCUAAGCAACGGGAAUUUGAAAGCGGGAGUUCACCUGAGAGCGCACAUGAUAUUGCAUCGGCAAUAGAAUCAAUCUUUGGUGACAACGCUGAUGAAGAUUUUGACCGACAGGCUCAGCCGAGUUCAAACACAGUGGAAGAAGAUGAUCCCUUUGAGAAGAUUGAUAUAAUGAAUGAUAACCCAGAUCCAUUCACCAAUGCUGAUAAAAAUAUCAUCAAUGAUAUUGAAGGGAAAACAAGCUCAAGUGACAGUGGAAGUGGCAGUGAUAGUGAAAGUGAUAGCAGCGACAGCGACAGUGGAAGUGACAGUGAGAGUCAAAGUAGAAGCAGAAGCAAAAGCAGAAGCCCUGUGGGAAGUGCUAGUGCAAGUAGCAGCGACAGUGACAGUGAUGGAUCUUCCACCAGCAAGGACGUAUCUGAUGUAGAUGUUGAUAUCAUGAGCGAAGAUGAAAAACAAGGGCUUGAGCCUAAAGCAGAGGCAGCUUAUUUGAAGUUAUCUUCUUCGCCUCGGUCCAGGGCAUCUGAUGGUGAACAGGAGCAAAUUGACAUCCUAGGAGUUCAGGAGGAGCAAAUUGCAUCAUUACCCAUGGAUUUGAAUGGAAGGGCUGUUGAGAUGGCAAACCCAGUUGAAGGCGCUAAAAACUUCCCAAGUAGUACCAGUAUCAACACUUCUGAAAACCCUGAAAUAAAUGAUAGCAGAACCAUAGGUUCAAAUUUGCAGAGAGAAAGUUCUAGAUUUCCUGGGGUGGCUUUAUCUCCAGAUCGAUACAAGCAUUCUGAGGACCUACACCCUCAGUUUGUUAAAUUAUCGAGCAAUAUAAAUGAUGAAGUCAUAAAGAAGGCUGUUAGUGAGCAACAACCUAAACUCGAUGGUUUUCCUGCUCAUGCGCAAACAGAAAUUAAGAAGACAAAGACUAAAAGGGAUAAACCGGAGUACUUCAAAGAGAAACCAGAGAGUGCAAAGGGGUCUAAAGGUGGAAGAGCAGCUGAAGGCGUGCCUUACGGAAAAAGUAAGCAUGCUUCUCUCUCAGUGAAUUCUAGCUAUGUUUCUCCUGAAAAGACUAGACAGGAUCAAUCUAAGUCAAAUAACAUUGAAUGGAGUGGUACUAAGGAGGCUGAUCAUCAGGGACACAGUCUGCCUGAUCGUGGCAGGUCUCUAGCUGUUGGAAAUAUGCAAAAAGUACAUCAGGGUCCUGAAGUUUGGUGUUCAUCGGGUACAGGAGCAGAGCAGCCAGGUCCCAGAAGUGGUGAUAUCAGUGAAAGGAGGAAGUCCAUGGAUAGAUCUAAUAAAACUUCAGAAAGAAUACCUGUUCGCCCUGAUGCCACGCUGAAAGAUAAAACGUAUAAAGGUACACAAGACGAGGUCAAUAUUGGUGAAAAACUCUCAAUCCUUCCUGAAUACAAUAGAAAAUCUGUUGACCAUGGUGGAUUGAAUGACAGUGGACCUUUAUUACAAAUAGGGAAAUAUGAUGGGAAUAAAUCUCCUCUUAUCGGUGGAAAGAGAAGUGUUCUCAGUAGAGAGCUUUCAGAUUUGGAGUUAGGUGAAUUACGUGAACCUUCUGCCAGUGGUGAGACUGGUGGGGUUAAAAGACAAACUGAUGGGAAAAAAUGCUUCAAGUCAUCAGAGAGUAAAGCUUAUUCUACUGAUUGCCCAAAUCCGGAUAUAAGCAAGGGUAGAAGUGGUUCCCAUCUACUUCCUGAAUCAAUGAAGCACUCACCCCAGAGUGUGAGAGGUGAAGUUCAUGGGAACCUAGAAGGAUUUCAUAGAAGUAUGCCUUCAGAUGAUCCAGCGGGCACCGCUCCGGGGCCACAAAGAACAAUACUUCAAGGUAAGCACCCUUCAAGGGUUGAUCAUACUGAUUCUGAGAUCAAAUCACAUCUGGAUAACCCAUCAGAGUUAGCUCGUAGAGGUGAGACAGGAGCAAACCAAGGAAUAGGUCUGGAAAACCACGCAGACUCCCUUAAGAGAGAUCCUACCAGCUUGCCAGCCCAGCAUAGUAUUAAAAAUGGUGGUCAGAAGGGUUACAAAAAGGCUAAAGAGUUAAAGCAGCAAAAACCAAGUACACUGGGACAUUCUGCUGGUCAGAGCAACAAUGGUGUAUCUAUGGAAAAUGAUAGUAAUAGCAGGAAAAGAAGAGAAUCUUCUUCUGAGGUUGAUAAUUCCUUAUACUCUAAAUAUGACAAGGAGGCACCAGAGCUCAGAGAUUCAAUCAAGAACUUCUUGCAGUAUAAAGAUUAUGUGCAAGAAUACCGUGAGAAGUAUACCUGUUACAUCUCCUUGAAUAAGAAUCUGGAGAAAAUUAGAAAUGACUUUCUCAAGGUAGGGGUGGAACUUGAGAUUGCAAAAGGAAGGGGCUCUGAAGAAUACUAUAAAGUUGUAGGUGACUUGAAGGAAAUGUAUCACCAACAUGGGGAGAGGAAUAAACAGAUGAAGAGGGUUUUCACCGUAUUGCACGAAGAACUGAAGACACUAAAACAGAGAAUUCAGGACUUCGUUGAGAUACAUAGUAGAGAAUGAACAAUUCAUUUUCAUGCAGAUACAUUUAGAAACAAUGUCACGAAUAAAGUCAUUGUACGUAAGGAAUCAUCUAGCUGAGGAGCUAUGCUCAAGAAAAUGGAAAAAGGAGCAACUAAUGCUGACAUCUUUUGAUUCCUGAAGAAUUUGUUGAGGACCGGUGGAAUGGAAAAAUUGAUUAUUUCGACAUGAAGGGAAUGAAGUUUGACACAUCACACAUGGACUGUAAAGUACCAAGCUUCUAGAUUAGCUUGGAUGUAAAAUACUUGCAAUCUUUCUCAAUAGCUUACAUCAGUUAGGCUGUAAAAAUUUUGUAGCUAUUGUUUUAGCAAAUGUAGGUGCUUGUAGAAGCUAACAUGAAAACGAGUUCGUGAAGAGGUGAAGAGAGAGAGAGGUUUUGGUGUCAUGCGUAGCUAGUGCUUAGAAAUUUAUUCCCUCUGUUUUCUUGUUUUCUAUUGUUUCCUGCUUUUCUUUCCAUUUUUCAUUCAAUUGUAAUAAAAUCAUUGGAAAUAUGAAAUACGUAAUCAAUUUUAGAUGGUCUCAAGCAUUCAACAUG